AUGCAAAACGCAGGACUCUCGGCACCCUCGGCCAUUCAACGGUCCACGACGCCAUCGGCGCCCUACUCUCGCCGUCCACCAAGUCCCCCCUACAUUCCCAUCCCGCAUGCACCGCGCCACGAGGCGGGCCAGUACGCCUAUACUGUUGCGCCCUGCGAGGCAAACCUCGCCGCCAGCCGCCUCACCCGCGAGCAGCUCUUCAUCAUCACGCGCGGCAAAGCCCAGACCGCUACCGACAUGGCCGCCACCUGGACCUACGAACAACGCCGCGAGGCCCAGCAGAUACUCGACUACAUGUGCAUCGGCCCCACGAGCAUCGCCCGCGACGAAACGUACCUCAGGAACAAUAACAUCUCCCUUGUGGUGAUUGUUCGCGACGCCAGAAUGAGCGACACUCGCCUGCUGGGUGUGGACAAGGCCUGCGAUGCCUGCAACAUCUCUCCCUACUAUGUCAACAUCGGGGACCUUUUUGACCUCAUCCGAACUCUGCCCGAAAUCUUUUACAUUUUCAACAUGCACAUGAUCGGCGUGCACACCCAAACGCGAGACGCCGCGACCGGUGAAGCUCGCGUCGGAAAUAUCCUUGUCACCUGCGAUUCGGGCAACGAUCGGUCCGCUGCCGUUGUCGCAGCCUACAUCAUGGCCGUGUACGGAGCGUCAAUGGCAAAAGCGGUGCAGUUUGUCAGUAUACAGCGCUUCUGCUGCACGUUUGACGAAGACGUGAAACGCAUACUGCAGACCUGGGAGGAUCUGCUGCGUGCUCAGGCAGCCGUCUCGGCUAACCAAGUUGCUACGCAAUACACAGUCCAGCCAAAAAAGAAUAAACGCUGCGUCGACGACAUGGUAGAUGCUGACAUGGAUCUAGAGGACCUUUUAAACUCGGACAGGGAGCGAUUCAUGGAAAGGAAGGCUUUUGCGCCCUUUGUGGACAUGGAAUGA